GUAGGUGCUGCACCCACUGACGCGUGUCGUGGUCCCACCGGCGCAGCAGGUGAGGUUCACAUCCCAACCAAACAAUGGAGGAGGGUAGCCGGAGGAGGGAGGAGAGUUUGCCGCCGCAGAGGCCACCACCGUUUGGGAGCGGAGGUGGUUCUCCACCUCCUGCCAACUCGCCGGCAAUUUUCGGGGAGGCGUCCAACAACGGCGAAGUUGAACCUGGGCUGCUAUCUAAGCGCCCUUUUGCCACGUCGGCAAUCCCGACCGACUGCAGCCCGGCUGUAGCGUCUUUUUUCGAAGGAAUGGGAUUUGCAGCGAACGCUGUCGUCGCCGGCGAUGAUGGGAGUGGUGCUGAGCUGGCAGAUCCUGUCGCUGAGGUCGAACAGCUGGGCGCGCGCGCGGCCGCGGCGGGAAGAGAAGCGGCGGCGUUUUCGCAAACAGAGCCAGCUGAGCUGUGCGCCUUAGCCCGCGAAGGCGGGGGGUUACCUCCAUCGAACGAGGCGGGAGAGCGAGUGAAAGGGGGAGGUAAUCAUCCGGGGAUUGACGAAGACAUCGUAGUUCUUAGAUCUAUCGAGGGGGAUGCCCAGGGGGAAAAUAAUGGGACGGAUAUGGAUGCCGAGGUGGAAAUGAGGGGAGAUGAGAAAGGUGAAGAGGAGCUCGUCGAGGGGGUAGCUGCUGCUGCGCCGCCGGGCCGCGCCCCGUCAAUCGAGUGCGAAAGGGUAAUAGAGAAUACGACGGCGAACAACGCGAACCGGGAGCCCGACUCUGGCGGGAAGGAGUGGUUUGUCAGGUGGGGGGGGGGGGGGGGGGGGGGGGGUGGAUCGUCUGGAUCCCGGCGGAGCAAAGCGGCAACGUCGGCUGCCAAAGGCGGCGGGGCUGUUGGGGGUGGGGUUAGUGUGGACAGUGGAGGGCAGAGAGCGGUGGGAGGUGCAGGAGGGGCCAAGGUUAGGGCAAGGGGAGUAGGGGGAAAGAGGGUGUCCCCGGUGGUUACGGGCCUUAGUGGAAGCGACGCCAAUGAAGUUGGGGGAGGGGAAUCUGCGGCUGAAGGAGAAAAAGGCACGUGUGUGGUGGGGCUGAUGACACCUGGCAGCGAAAGCAAACUCGGGGAGAGCCCUCUCUGCGCCACGUCCUUGAACAUGGAUGGGGAAAACCCUGUUGGAGAGGAAAUGAGUGCUGGAAGUCUGCUUCCUCCCGCAGGUGAUGCUGAUGCUCUAUCACAGAGGCAAAAGCUCAGUACUCGGAGAAGGAUUCGAAGAACUCCCCUUAUUGAAGAGAUGGACGGGAGGGCGGCGCCCAAAGGCAAGUCUGCAGGAGAUGGUUUGGAUGAGUCAUCAGUGAAGAAGGAUGAGGAUGGUAGAGAUGACGAAACCGAGAGGAAGAGUACGAGGGCUCAGAAGAGAGUGAAAGCAAAGGCCCUUACUUCCUUGAGGGAGCAGAUGCGCUCGAAAGCUGAGCUAAUAGAACACAGCGCAAUAGACCCACCUGAUCCUGGGGCAGGGCACUUGGUAAGCGCACAGCCAACAGACCAUCAAGCUGAUAUAUUGGGGACAGGAAAUCUUCAGCUAACCACGGCGGCAGGGAAUGAGUUGCGAGUGAAGUGUUCACAGAAAGAUGAUGAUGAUGGGGAUGAUGAAGAAUUGGUGGAUGGCGGCGGAGAAGAGGGUGCGGUCAUGGCUGCUAUGGCAGCUGUACAGGCAAUGGAAGAAAAGAUACGUGCAGCCCAUGGUCCGUACGAUGGGCUGGAUGGAAGUCAGUGGGCGAAUCCAAUUGACGAGAGGGAGAAACAAGAGCCUGCUUUGCUGAAGGAAUAUGAAAAUGGAAGAGACCAUGGAAAACCUAUGAGUGGCAAAAGAAGGGGGAAGAAGAUGGUUGCUGUCAAGGAUGGCCGCCCGGGUGUGCAGAAGGUUCGAAGGAGGGCUGGAGCUGCUCCUGACAUGCAACUGUCGCCAGUUCCUGUGCAUGACAGUGAGGGUGGAGACACUACACGCUCGGGAGGGGUGCGGCUUGUUUUAGCGCUGCCAGUGUCCUCAUCAGAAGUAAUCCCAUCCCCUGAAGAUGGCAAAGGGAAGAAGAGGGUUUCAGGGGUGAUGAACAGUCUCAGCAUGACGUCUGAAGUUUCACCUGUGGAUCCAGGGCACUUGAGCCCGAAACUCAAGGAUGGUGAUCUUGUUGAGGUCAUAACAGAUGAGCCAGGUCUACGUUGGUGCUGGUUCAGCGGGACUGUGCUGCGGGUGAAGGACACUAAAGUGCUGGUUCGAUAUGACGAACUCCUCGAUUCAGAGGCAGAGAACAAGAAGCUAGAAGAGUGGAUCUCUUUGCGAGGUUUACCUGGUGUGCCGGCAAGUUCUGGGCGCAGCAAGGAGUGCUCAAGAUGGCCUAGAGUACGACCGAGAGUCUUUGAGGGCAGGAAGCAGAAGGGACAAGCAAGCCAGGAGGACUGGCUUGUGGACGACCAUGUCGAGGUUUACUGCAACGAUGGGUGGUGGGAAGGGAUUGUGAAGGAUGUAAAAGGAGAAUUGCUGGAGGUACAUUUUCCAGGGGAAUCUGAGACUGGGCUGUACCCUGUGGAGGAUGUGAGGAGAUCCUACGUUUUUCGUGAUGGUCUAUGGAUGCGUUGCCGGGAGGCGCCACAAAGCCCUUUGAGCAAGGAGGCUGAACAGAGAUCACCCGACUCCAGAGGUUCAAGCCGGAAGCGAAUGAAGAAUAUGCUAGCCUUGGUGGCAGCCAGUAUUGAGCAGGAGGAGUUACGACAAAGCAAGUCGCUGCAGAGUGAGGGUGCUUGUGAAGCUUCCGACGAAGAGGAUGUUGUGAUGAUUGGUGACACUGAAGGAAGGGUCGAGAAAAAGCCCAGAGUUUCUAUUGGAACCACUGCCACUCCUGCACGGUUGAGGGGGCGAGGAAAAGCAGCAGAUCACACUGGUCAAAAGGCUACUGGAGAGUUUGGAGAAAUCGAAGCUGCUGUUUGUAGUGCCACGAAAGAGAGAAAAGGAGGAAAGAAGCCGGGUAAGGCAGGAAAACAUACAGGUGAAAGGUCUGAAGAAGCACCACCAAAGAGAGGAAGAGGAAGGCCUCGUAAAGUUAAAGUUGACCCCACUGAUGUUCCAGCCCCUUCUGCUGCUGCUUGCAACGAGUCGAACCAUUUGGAGUUAGCAGGAAAUGUGGCCGAUGGUAAGGAAGCAGAGCUUGUUCCCCGUAAAACUGGCAGAGGUAGACAGCAAGCUUCUACUUCAGUCACACUAGAAGAAUCCCCUGGGGCUUCAAUGAAAAGGAUUGCGAGGACAGUGGGUGCGGACAGGGCAGCAAAGGCUAUGGCCGAAAACCUUAGGACUCCACCUCCAAGCAGAGUGGCUCACUUGUCAACCAUAGGUAUCGAUAGCAUGGGUCCCGCAGGAGGAAUGGAUAAUGUAGACGGAGAUGCCUCCGUUCGGAAGAUGUCACCGGUGCGGAAGGUGACUUUUGUAGACCUGUUGGAUUCUAGGGAGGAGGGAGUUGACGCUUUUGCGGCCGCGUCAAUAGUGAAUUCUCCUCAGGCUGCACAAGGGAGCCCACGGGAGAUAGGAACUGCUCAACAAGAUCAGACUUUGGUUGGCAGCGCCAGGGUCAAGUCCAGGCAACAUGUGAAAACUUCAAAGGAGGCUGAUGAGGUUGUUAACAAGGUCACUCACGGGCGAAGGACAGCCCGCAUAUCGGAUCAAAAAUGUGGGGUGGAAGAUACCAAAGCCAGUGGAACUCAGGGAGGGCAAACGACAUCACCUGGGGAACCACACACGUGUACAGAGGCUGGUCUGAUGGCCCAGCGUGUAUCAACACGGAGAAAAAGAGAGAGAGAAGUAGGUGUAUAUGAUUCCCUGGUUGAACCAGGCUUCGCUUCGGGGGUUAAGAAGGGUCGAGAAGGUAAAGGGGGAAGGAAAAACAGCAAAGGCAAGGGUCGGGGUGAUGAGAAUGAGGGCGCAAGGGGUGAUGAAGAUGAUGAUGUGCAACUAAUAGAGAACAAAGGAGAUGAAGGGAAGUCGGAGAGGCAAAAACUUAUAGUGAACAGUGAGGGGAAAGAGAGAAAGCUAGUGGGAACUCGGCAGUCUAAACGGAUUGAUGGAAGGCAACGCGAGGAGAAUGCUAAGGCUCAGAUACUGCAAGAAGAAAAGAGGGCAGCACAAUCAGAUGCGGAAAAUCUGGCAACCAAGGGGAAUGCUAUUGUUGAACAAGCAGUUAUUGACCUUGCUUUGUCAUCGUCAUCAGAUAGCGAAUGUCAGGAAGCAGAGCAAGGGCCUAUUAGGAGGGGCCUUGUAAAGCAAAGCACGGGAAGGGGCUUCAAGGAAACAAGAAAAAUAGGAAGCCAGGCUGGAACGCUGGGGAGAAACUCCAUGGGUAUCCGGGAACAGAAAGACGCGGAUGCACAGUCACCUGUACAACCCAGGAGAGGUGUCGGUGCAAAGAACAAAACUGUCCCCAAAAGGUGGAAGGAGCUGAGGGAGGUGGAGCCCGGAAGAGACGCUGGCGAGGAAGCCGUUUCAAAAUCUCAGAGAGGAGCAGCAGAUCACGGAAAAAUCGUUGGCCCAUUGCAUUCCAGGAAGCUUCGUGAAGUUGUCACAGAUGCUCUCUCGGGGGAUAAUGAUGACGAUGGGGCUGUUGAUGCUGAUGAUGAUGUCCAAGUGCUUGAUGAAAGGGAACCCACUGUUAAUCGCAGUAAUCGCAGAGGAAAAAGAAAGGAGCUUGACCAGCCUGCAAGAGAGACUCCUCUGCCAAAGGCAGGACGCAAAAGCAGGGGCGCUGGUGUGACCUUGGAUGUCGCAACACCGACCCAUGCAGUACAUGAUCAGGCCAAAGCUCCAGGGGCUGCUGCCUCUUCUCCUGUGGACCUGUGUAGCGACGACGAUGCUCAAGAAACAGUUGCUGCAGGAAGCCCAAGACGAAAGGCACAGAAGACGAAAGGUUCAACUGGCAAAACUGAUGCAGAAAAGAGAGAGGGUACACCGAACCCCUCUCAGAAAAAGAAAGAGGUGGAUUGGAGUUCUCCUGGUCUCAUAAGAAGCAGAAGAGGGGCUUUUCAGAAGGAACACCUAGAUCCCGAACUCCCUGCUCAAGAGGAGAAGGAAGGUGUGGCCAUGUUGGGUAUUCAUCAUCCGGAGGGAAAUGUGAAUAGUGCUGCUGGAGGCGGCACCGGAGGAAAGAAUGCAGGGGCGUUAGCACAGAGAAAGGGCAAGCUAGGCGAUUCAGGUAAGGUAGAUGAAGGUGAGAUGACAGGUCCCGGCACCAGGAAGAGAGCUGUGGCAGCAGCUGGAAUUAAUUAUGCGCAGUUGGCAGCUGGAAAGAGUGUGGCUCAUUUACGAAACCGCGACAAAAAAUGAUAUGCUGAGUACGGCUUUCGUCGCUUGGACGGGGGGCGCCGGGGGGGAGGCGGGAGGGGGGAGAAGGGGGCGGGUUCCAUGUGGAAGAUGCCUGCAUAGUGAUUUGCGAUUCCAAGAUGCAAGUAAAGCUCACGAUGGCUGCCGCCUGUCUUAGCAUGUUGCUGAGGGAACUCUCUUGCAAUUCAAUCGCAGAUCAUGACUCAGGUUUUAGAGUAUAUAGGAUGUAAUGGCCAUUUUCUCAUUUGUCGUUUUCCAUGCCCGGUUCCUUGCUUCCUUAAUACCGGGAUCCCUCAAGUCCCGCCUUUUGUACAUUGGUUUUGAAUGCGAAACUGUUUGACCUAUUUGACAAAUGAAGGGGGACUGUGAGCGAUCAGCGAAAGGAGUUAGCUGAAACUGGAAGUGUGCAGCUAGGAAGCGUAAUGAAGCACUCGAAGGAGCACAGGCGUGAAGAAUGAGACUGGAACUCCAAUUUUCUGGCAUGGUCGACCGGCACCACCCACCUUUCCCCUUUGAAGAUUGAUGAUGUAGGUACGCCCCUCCUUUGUCCGUGUCCAUCCUCUGCUUCGUUGCUGUGCUCAUUGCCGGAUGUUUGACGUCGUGGAUGUCUCCUUCUCCUCAUCUGCUGAUCUGAAUUCUCUUAAUGUCAUUUCCCAUAUGACCUUUGCUAGAUUGCUAUACUCAGAGAACUGGGCCUUCCGGAAUGAAGAAAUACAUGGAUGGCAGGUGUGGUGUAACAAGUUUCAAGGAAAUGAUGAGAUCAGGUGUCAGGGGUUUGCCUCCGAUGCCAUCGAUGCAGGUUGCAGGCUCCUGGAUGGGGAGGGGACUUGUGGCCUUGCAUGUCCUUGAGAGAGAAUUCGGUGUAAAACGUUUCGCCGUCUUUAGUCGUGUACAUGUUCGUGUUGACACCAUUGCGGAUACGAGCUCGCCAGAGUAUAAUUGUCCGAGAGGCUGUUGCAAGUAGGAGAAGAGUAGUUGAAGGGCAUAUCAAGUAACCUUAUGUGCUAGUUUGCGGAAGCGUCGGCACGGAAGUGCCGCUGAUCAUUACGCUGCUGGCUCCUGCCUUGCCCUUCAAACAUAAGAUCCCUUCUUAGAGAAGGGCUACAUACUCUUUUCACCAAAUUUGCAGUGGAUUGUUGUCUUUUUUUAGGUCGAACAGUGCAGUGGAUUGUCGUUCUUUUUAGGUCAAACAGUGAGUGCAGUGGAUUGUCGU